AUGGUCGUCGGAACUGUGCUGGUGACUGGUGGCACUGGCUACAUUGGCUCGUUCACGUCGCUCACGCUUCUGCAAAACGACUACGAUGUCGUCAUUGUCGACAACCUCUACAACUCGUCCGAGGUCGCGCUCGACCGCAUCGAGCUGAUCUGCGGCCGGCGACCGGCCUUCCACAAGGCUGACGUGACAGACGAGGCGGCCCUCGACGCCGUGUUCAAGGCACACCCGGCCAUUGAUAGCGUGAUCCACUUUGCGGCGCUCAAGGCCGUGGGCGAGUCGGGCGAGAUCCCCGUCGAGUACUACCGCGUCAACGUGGGCGGCAGCAUCACGCUGCUGCGCGCGAUGGAGCGGCACGGCGUGUCCAACAUUGUGUUCUCGUCGUCGGCCACCGUGUACGGCGACGUCACGCGGUUCCCCGACAUGAUCCCGAUCCCCGAGACCUGCCCGACGGGGGCGACCAACACGUACGGCCGCACCAAGUCGAUGAUUGAGGAUGUGAUUACGGACCAGGUCAACGCGCAGCGCAACAACGCCAAGAAGGCGGGCAAGUCGGACGCGGACGUUGCGCGGUGGAACGGUGCUCUGCUGCGGUACUUCAACCCGGCGGGCGCCCACCCCACGGGCCUGAUGGGCGAGGACCCGCAGGGCGUGCCGUACAACCUGCUGCCGCUGCUGGGCAAGGUGGCGACGGGCGACCGCGACAAGCUGCUGGUGUUUGGCGACGACUAUGCCUCGCGGGAUGGCACGGCGAUCCGCGACUACAUUCACAUUCUGGACCUGGCGCGCGGCCACCUGGCGGCGCUCAAGUACCUGCGCGAGCAGAAGCCCGGUCUCAAGACGUGGAACCUGGGCUCGGGCCGCGGCAGCACGGUGUUUGAGAUUAUCAAGGCAUUCAACACGUCGGUGGGCCGUGAGCUGCCAUACGAGGUGGUGCCGCGGCGGGCGGGCGAUGUGCUGGACCUGACGGCGAACCCGGCACUGGCGAACAAGGAACUGGGCUGGAAGACGGAGCUGACGAUGGAGGAUGCGUGCAACGACCUGUGGCGGUGGGUGGAGAACAACCCCAAGGGCUACCGGCAGGACCCUCCGGCCAAGCUGCUGGAGGCGCUGAAGAAGAACAACUGA